CUUUUAUGUUCCAUCAACGAAUAUGCGUUAGGUCAAAGUACGCCAACUAUAAACGUUCUCUAUGUUAAUGAAGAAAUGAAUCAAGUUGGUCAUAGUGCAUUGAAUGCAGCUUUACUUUACGCCUCAGAAACACUUGCAUUGGAUAUUAAUCUGAUACAUGUGGUAGAGAAAUUUACUGAUGCCAAAACAAUGGUUUCGUCUCUUUGUACAGCAUACACAAAAUUAACUGAUGCAAAUACACCUCCACAUGUUGUCUUGGACUUGACAUUAUCUAGAAAAGCAUCAGAAUCUGUUAAAUCCUUAACAGCUGCACUAGCGUUGCCAACAAUAGCAGCAUCGUUUGGCCAGGAUGGUGAUUUAAUUUUAUGGCGUAAUAUAAGCGAUGAACAAAAAAACUAUCUGAUACAAAUCAUGCCACCGGCAGAUGUUAUACCAGAAAUUGUACGUAAAAUUAUAGGAAGGCAAUCAAUCAGAAAUGCUGCAAUAUUAUUUGAUGAUUCAUUUGUUAUGGAUCACAAACAUAAAUCACUUCUGCAAAGUGUUCCUACACGGCAUAUUAUUAAGCAAAUUGAAGAACCGAUGAAAAUUAAAGAUCAAUUAAAACGAAUUGUACUUAAUUUAGAAAUAGAUAAUUUUUUCGUAUUGGGCAGCUUAGUUAGUAUUAAAAAUGUAUUAAAUAAUGCUGAUGAAAUGAAUUUAUUGGGAUCUACGUUUGUAUGGUACGUAAUUACGCAAGAUCAAAGUGAUUUGAAAUUAAAUUAUAAAAAUGCUACAAUUAUUUACAUAAAACCAACACCGGAUCCUAAAAGACAAGCUCGCUUACGAAAUAUCAAGACAUCGAUUCAAUUAAAUGCUCAACCAGAGAUUGCUGCUGAGUUUUAUUUUGAUUUGGCUUUACGGACAUUUUUAACUGUGAAAAAUAUGAUUAUUUACAAUUUAUGGCCAGAAAAUUUAACCUAUAUAUCAUGUGAUGAGUAUGAUGGUCACAAUACACCAUCACGACAAGGUUUAAAUUUACGGAGAGCUUUUAAAAAUAUUUCAAGUGAUUUUUCUACAUAUGGUCCUAUAAAUAUUACGUCAAAUGGCCAAAGUCAAAUGGAAUUUACCAUGCAAAUAAAUCGAAUCGAUAUCCGAGAUAAUUCAAGUCAACAAAUUAAACCUUUAGCAUCUUGGAAAGCAAGAUUAUCCAAUAAUUUGACAUUAUCCAACGAGAGUAUAUUGGAUGAAUACACAGCCAAACCAAUUUAUCGAAUUGCUACAGUAUUGCAAAAACCAUUUGUAAUGUUUGAUGAGAAUAGACCAAACAAAUAUUAUGGUUUAUGUAUCGAGAUGCUUGAAAGAAUUUCUGAAAUGAUGGCUUUUAAGUAUAUAUUGUACACAGUUCCUGAUGGCAAAUUUGGCAAUAUGGACGAAGAAGGAAAUUGGAAUGGAGUCAUACGAGAAUUAGUUGAUAAUAAAGCAGACAUUGGUUUGGGAUCAAUAUCAGUUAUGGCAGAACGUGAAAAUGUUGUUGAUUUCACUGUUCCUUACCAUGAACUAGUUGGUAUUACAAUUUUAAUGAAAAAAACGCGGGCAAGCGUCUCACUAUUUCAAUUUUUGGCUGUUUUGGAAAAUGAAGUAUGGCUCUGUAUUUUGGCAGCGUUUUUCUUUACUAGUUUCUUAAUAUGGGCAUUCGAUCGUUGGAGUCCAUACAGUUAUCAAAAUAACCGUGAAAAUUUCAAAGAUGAAGAGACACGGGAAUUUGAUUUAAAGGAAAGUUUUUGGUUUUGUAUGACAUCGUUAACACCCCAAGGUGGUGGACAAGUUCCAAAAAACUUAUCUGGAUUAUUAGUAGCUGCUUCAUGGUGGAUAUUUGGAUUUAUUAUUAUUGCUUCAUAUACAGCUAAUUUAUCAGCAUUUUUAACAGUUUCACGAAUGGAAAUUCCGAUUGAAUCGCUAGAUGAUUUAGCUAAACAAUAUAAAAUACAGUAUGCGCCACUCAAUGGUUCUUAUGUUAUGGAAUAUUUUAAGAGAAGGGCAAAUAUUGAAGCAAAAUUUUUUGAAAUUUGGAAAGAAAUGAGUUUAAAUGACAGCUUAUCACCGGUUGAACGGGCAAAAUUAGCUGUUUGGGAUUAUCCAGUCAGUGACAAGUAUACAAAAAUUUGGCAGGCUAUGCAAAAAGCUGGUUUUCCAAAUACAUUAGAGGAAGCUGUUGCUAGAGUUUUGAGCUCUAAAUCAUCAAGUGAAGGUUUUGCAUACAUAGGUGACGGAACUGAUAUACGUUAUCUACAAGCAACAAAUUGUGAUUUACAAUUGGUUGGUGAAGAAUUUUCUCGGAAACCUUAUGCAUUUGCAAUUCGAAAACGUUCGCGAUAUAAGGAUGAAUUUAAUACUGCCCUUUUGUUCCUUCAAAAUAACAAAGAGGCACACCAAAUGGUAGAAAAAUGGUGGAAACAUAGUCCCGAAAUGAAAAAUUGUGUUAAAGAAGAUUUUAAAUCAUCGGAUGGUGUAAGCAUUGCAAAUUUUGGUGGUGUAUUCAUUGUUAUUUUUAUUGGUGUUGGCUUAGCGUGCAUUGGAUUAGCAUUCGAAUAUUGGUGGUAUAAACAUCGAAAAGGACUUCCUAAAAUUUUUGAUAUAACUGCAGAGUCAACAAAAGCUACAAAUUCGCAACAAAUAAAGCAUGCUAUAGAUCCCGAUAUGGAUGUUAGUUUUCGUCGACGCAGUGGUAGCAUAAGAGUAAACCGUGACUGUAUGACCGCCAAAAAUGCCAAUUCUGAACGGAUGCAUAAGUCAUGGGACAAUUUAUUACAAACUUUCUUCCGGGCAUGA